AUGGAGGCAGAACGUAGGCAAAGAGAGAAAGACCGAAGCCCAGGAAGUACUGGGACCGGGAACCUAAGGACCUCGGGGCUCAGCGCUGCGGCGCCAGUCCUAGGCGAGGGGCGUGGUCGAAAGCGGGCCCCACCCUACCCCGCCCAGCUCCCUCCGGCCCCGCCUCGGCGCCGCCGCUCGCGAGCGCUGCGGGGCGGCACUGUGCGCACGGUCAGGACUGGGUUUAGAUUUACCAAAAAUUUGUCUCCUGACAAGAUAAAUCUGAGUACCCUCAAAGGAGAAGGGGAACUGAAGAAUCUGGAGUUGGAUGAAGAGGUGCUCCAGAAUAUGUUGGAUUUACCCACAUGGCUGGCCAUCAACAAAGUGUUCUGUAAUAAGGCAUCCAUUAGGAUCCCCUGGACAAAACUGAAAACACAUCCUAUCUGUUUGUCUUUAGAUAAAGUGAUAAUGGAGAUGAGUACCUGUGAAGAACCUCGAACCCCUAAUGGUCCAUCACCAAUUGCAACAGCCUCGGGACAAAGUGAAUAUGGCUUUGCGGAAAAAGUAGUUGAGGGAAUUACUGUUUCUGUAAAUUCUAUUGUCAUCAGAAUUGGAGCAAAAGCUUUCAAUGCGUCCUUUGAACUUUCUCAGCUGCGAAUCUAUAGUGUCAAUGCAAACUGGGAGCAUGGAGAUUUAAGGUUUACUCGUAUUCAAGAUCCACAGAGAGGAGAAGUUUUGACAUUUAAAGAAAUAAAUUGGCAGAUGAUUCGGAUAGAGGCAGAUGCUACCCAAAGUUCACAUCUUGAAAUUAUGUGCGCUCCUGUUCGAUUAAUAACCAACCAAUCCAAAAUCAGAGUCACACUUAAAAGAAGAUUAAAAGACUGCAAUGUCGUAGCAACAAAAUUAGUUCUAAUAUUGGAUGAUUUAUUAUGGGUUUUAACGGAUUCACAGUUGAAAGCUAUGGUACAAUAUGCAAAAUCUCUUAGUGAAGCAAUAGAAAAAUCAACAGAACAAAGAAAGAGUAUGGCUCCUGAACCCGCACAGAGCUCCACCGUUACUCCUUCCACCCAGCAAGUGAAGACGCCGCAGGCUUCAAAUGCUCCCGAUCUGAAUGACGCAAUUGUGAAACUAUUCAGUGACUUUGAUGUUAAGGAAACCUCCCAUCAUUUAGUGAUUUCUCAUCUAGAUCUACACAUAUGUGACGAUAUCCAUGCAAAAGAAAAAGAGUCAAACAGACGUAUCACUGGAGGCGCUAUGCAACUCUCUUUUACAUACCUGACCAUCGAUUAUUAUCCUUACCAUAAAGCAGGAGAUAGUUGUAGUCACUGGAUGUAUUUCAGUGAUGCAACCAAAACGAAGACUGUGUGGGCCAGUGAGUUGCUGCAUGAAUUUGAGUGCAAUGUUGAAAUGCUGAAGCGGGCUGUGAAGGAUCAGCACAAAAGUUCCCCUCCCAAGUCCCCAACACACGCCUCUCCCCAGCACACACAAGCAGAGAAGGAUUCUGCUCUGAAGGGGCCUUCCAGAACAUCUACAGUGUUACCUCAGCAGUGCAAAGUUAAGCUGAUGUCGAGUUCUGUCGUGGUUAGACUUGCAGAUUUCAACAUAUACCAGGUCUCUACAGCAGAACAAUGUCAUUCUUCCCCAAAAAGUAUGAUUUCCUGCAAUAAAAAAUCACUAUACCUUCCCCAAGAAAUGUCAGCUGUCUACAUAGAAUUCACAGAAUAUUACUAUCCAGAUGGAAAGGAUUUUCCAAUUCCAUCUCCCAACCUUUAUGGCCAACUGAAUGCACUGCAGUUUACAGUGGAUGAAAGAAGCAUUCUGUGGUUAAAUCAGUUUCUGUUGGAUUUAAAACAGAGUCUUAAUCAGUUCAUGACUGUGUACAAAUUGAAUGACAACUCAAAAUCUGACGAGCACGUUGAUAUUCGAGUUGAUGGCUUAAUGCUGAAGUUUGUCAUUCCUUCUGAAAUAAAACCUGAAUGUCAUCAAGAUCAGCCACGUGCUGUUUCCAUUCAAAGUUCUGAAAUGAUCGCCACCAACACCAGGCACUGUCCACACUGUCGACAUUCUGAUCUAGAAGCUUUGUUUCAAGACUUCAAAGAUUGUGAUUUUUUUAGUAAAACAUAUACCGACUUCCCUAAAUCUUGUGACAGCUUUAAUCUUCUGCAUCCAAUCUUCCAGAGACAUGCUCACGAACAAGAUACCAAAAUGCAUGAAGUUUACAAAGGAAAUAUUACUCCCAAAUUGAACAAACACACUCUCAAGUCUUCUGCUGCCACGGAUGUUUGGGCUGUGUACUUUUCUCAAUUUUGGAUAGAUUAUGAAGGGAUGAAAAGUGGAAAAGGACGACCAGUAAGUUUUGUGGACUCUUUCCCUCUAUCUAUCUGGAUUUGUCAGCCAAGAAGAUACGCAGAGUCACAAAAAGAGCUGCAGACUUGUAAUCAGGUAGCCAUAAACACAUCCCAAAGUGAAUCUAAUGAUCUGGCUGGCCGACUCAAGCGGAAAAAGCUGCUCAAGGAGUAUUACAGCACAGAGUCUGAGCCCAUGACAAAUGGGAGCCAGAAACCUUCAUCAGAUACAUCCCUAAGUAGUUCCUCUUCUUCACUGGAUGCAGAUAUUCAUGUUCUGGUUCAUGUGCAUAAACAUGUUAGUAUGCAGAUCAAUCACUACCAGUAUCUGCUCCUACUUUUCCUACACGACUCACUGACUCUGCUUGCAGAUAACUUAAGGAAAGAUGUAGAAGCUGUGACUGGCAGCCCUGCUACUCAGACCUCCAUUUGCAUCGGACUUCUACUUAGAAGUGCAGAACUGGCCCUUCUGCUGCAUCCAGUGGAUCGAGCAAAUCCUCUUAAGUCUCCUGUUUCUGACAGUGUGAGCCCAAUGGUUCCUGAGGAUUUGCCACCAGAAAAUGGAGAGUUUUUGUCUUCAAAAAGAAAACAAGUUAGUAGUGGUAUAAAUCAAAUUAGAAGUGUCGGUAUCAAUCACAUGUCAGACAGUAGAUCUAUGAGUGUUGACCUUAGCCAUGUCCCUUUAAAAGACCCUUUGCUUUUUAAAUCAGCUAGCGAUACAAAUCUGCAAAAAGGUACUUUUCUGGACUGUUUGUCAGAUAAGCAUUUAGGGAAAAUAAGUGAAGAUGAAACUGGUGGACUUGUUUACAAAGGUGGCUCAGGAGAAAUUGGGUCAGAAAUAAAUGACAGAAAAGAUUCACCAGCUACUGGUUCAAAUCAUGUCUUAAGCUACCAAGAAGACUCAAGUAGGCUGUCAUUCGAUAAUGAUGGUAAUCCAAACAUACUUUCAAAUAGUUUAACUAGUAAAGGAAUUGAAACCACAGAGUCGAUCUUUAAGCCUGAAGAUUUGCUUCUAGAUGCGGCUUCAUCCCCUGAUAACCCGGAAAUCAGUAAAGAAGAGGCAUCCGCAGUUAGAACCCUUAAAUCACAGUCAUCUUUAAGCGGGAAGCCUAAGGAACGCUGCCCACCCAACCUGCCUCCACUCAAUGUUUCUUAUAAGAAUGUGAAAAGAAGCUCCUCGCAGAUCUCCUUGGAUACCAUUUCCCUUGACAGCAUGAUUUUGGAAGAACAGCUGUUGGAAAGUGAUGGCAGUGACAGUCAUGUAUUUUUGGAAAAAGAAAUUAAAAAGAACUCUACCAAUUACCAGAGCCCAGCAGAGAGUGUGAGCACCAGUGCAAAUCUGCAGAAAUAUGGCGAAUCUUCUCCAGAUGCCAUGAGUACAAAUUCAGAGGGUGCUCAAGAAAACCAUGACGACCUGAUGUCAGUCGUGGUGUUUAAAAUUACUGGUGUUAAUGGAGAAAUCGAUAUUCAAGGAGAAGAUACAGAAAUCUGUCUUCAGGUGAACCAGGUGGUGCCAGACCAAUUAGGCAAUAUCAGUCUUCGGCAUUAUCUUUGUAAUCGUCCAAUUGGUUCUGAUCGGAAAUCUGUAAUUCAUUCCAAAUCCUCUCCCGAGAUUUCACUGAGGUUUGAAAGUGGGCCCAGUGCUGUUAUACACUCUUUGCUUGCAGAAAAGAAUGGAUUUCUACAGUGCCAUAUAGAAAACUUUAGCACUGAGUUUCUUACGUCUUCUCUUAUGAAUAUUCAACAUUUUCUGGAAGAUGAAACUGUUGCAACAGUAAUCCCAAUGAAGAUACAAGUUUCUAACACAAAAAUAAAUUUGAAAGAUGACAGUCCCCGGAGCGGUACAGUGUCUCUUGAAACAACUCCUGUAACUGUGCAUAUUGAUCGUCUCGUGGUAGAGAGAAAUGACGAUGGCUCGUUUCAUAUCAGAGAUUCUCAUAUGCUUAACACUGAAAAUCAUUUGAGAGAAAAUGUCGGAAGUGACUCCGAGCUGCUGACCAGUGGAAAGUGUGACCGGAGGAGGCAUGGCGGUGUUGAGCAGGCCACUCAGACGAGCAUAGAGACCCUGGGGCCGGCUCCCUCAGCGCUCCUUCCUGAGUGCACCUCUGACACCACAAGGGAACAGCUCAUGGAAGAGAAUGAGUCUCUCAAGCAGGAACUGGCCAAGGCUAAAAUGGCUCUUGCAGAGUGUCACUUGGAAAAAGAUGCACUUCUUCAUCAAAUAAAGACGAUGACAAGUGACUAACGGGAGUGGGCCUCGGAGCUCCGAUUACAGCUCAGGAGGAGGAGGGCUGUGUUUCUGAUGUUCCUGUUACCAGUGAAUGGAGAUUCUCCUUCCGGGAAAUCAAAAUGCCAUGGGAUGUGGUGACUCCAAAGGUGGCUCCCCAAAGCCAGUUUGGAAGGUGUUAGGUACGAACGUUACAGUCUUCAGUUACUUUGUGUUUGGGGAUUCAACCCUUUUUCAAACUGGUGUUAUCUAGGGAAGUCAGCACAUACUGCAGAGUAACUAUAUGCUUACUGAUAACCAGAUGUCACUUCCUAAUUUUGAUAAUGUCAUUAUAAGAAUCUUUUUAAAGAAAAAAACCUGUUGUGUUCACAUGAAUUACUGAAUUUAUUUCUCAGUAUUUGUUAAUAAUUUACUACUCUUUACAGAAAUUCAAAUGCUUUUAGGGCUCAUGUAAAAUAAAAAGGAAGCUUAGAUUUUAAAUGUUAUUAAAAUUAUGUUCUUAAAUCUAUAAUUACCAUAAAAAGUCCAAUCAAAUUAAUAAAUUUAUGAUUAAUAAGUUUAAGAACUCUGAAAAACCUUCACCCUACUGAACUUAUUAAA